ACUUGGAUGAUGGCGACUGGUAACUUCAAAACGAUGAAUGAAGAGAUUGUAGUUGAGGACGGACAGAGUGGUAGCAUUGAGGUACAGCCAGCUGAUGAUCAUAGCACACACGUUAUGCCACUAUUGUACAUUCAACAGAAUAAAUUAGGAACUGGUCAGUCACCUACCACAAAUCAGCCCUUGCUGGCAAGUAAUCAGUCGCAGUUGGCUGCGAUAAUUAACCCCAUAAGCACUCCACUCGUUGCGAACCAGAAUAAAGUUUUCAUCCAAAGCUCCAGUCCAGUCAAUCUGCCUCAGAAUAAACAACACAUAGUCAUUAGACAUCCAAUAGGAAAUGUAAAUACUGCACCUCAGAAUCAGGGACAGAAGCACAUUCUUCUGAGGAAACCUAAUACACCAAAUGCACAGAUUUUGCCUUUGAAUAGUGCAGGAACUGGCGCUGCCACUCAAUCAUCAAGUGGAAAACACACUUUUGCAUAUCUGGGGACAUUCAUCAAGCCCAAUAAAACGAGGGAGUCCGUCGUAAUUCCUGCUGGUGGCAUCCCUGCACCUCAAAUGCAAAAACCAAAAUUGGUGAUAACCCCAAUGAUUUCUGGCAUUGGCCAGACAUCGACCUGCACUACACCAGUCUCACAAUCCCAGCCUCAGAAGCACAUGGCAAAUCUUAUUUUACCAGUGUCUAUUCCUCAGUCGACUGGAGCCAGCAAACAAAGUACGUUGAACCUACAUUUCAGCCAUGGUCAAAUUAGUGAUAGCAAAGGAACCUUCGCAGUGCUGCGGGAGUCCAAAGCCACAAAUGCAACCCCCUAUCCACCCCCUCUGCACCCAAUUACGAAGAUGAGUCUCCUGAAUGUCAACAAAAACACGAGCAAUUCACCAGACAGUAUAAAAAUAACAGAAAAUCCAGACUCCGCAGUAAUAACACCAAUUCCAAAGAAAGAUGAUACGAUGCAACCCUCGGAGAAACGAAAAAAAACGAUCAGCAACAUCCUGAGAGGAUCCACUGAGAAACGACCCAAGAAGCAGACGUUUCCGAAGAAUCAGGACAGUAUGGACAUCAGUUACUCUGUCAGCAGUCCAGAAGUGGACCAGGACGGUGGGAAGAAAUUGAAUGACGACGAGAUUACUCUGAUAAAAGUUGUGCAGGGAGAGGAUAAGAUCAGGAGGAAGUCUUUGGUGGAUGAUGACGUUAAAAUCGAAGUGGUUAAAACUUCCACGAGUAGUGGGGGGACUUCCGGGGGCGAUAAAGAGAGGAAAAAUGAGAAGACCAAUGGCAGCAACUGCGAGGAUAUCAAGGACAUCAUUAAUGGGAAUCAUAGCGAUCCAAAUUUCGAUGCUGCUAAGGCCCUGGACUGGAAGGAUGGAGUGGGAUCAUUGCCUGGAAGUAGUUUAAAGUUUCUCAUCAACGAGUUUGGUAUGAUGGAGGUGGUGGAUGAGGAUGAAAAUUCCAAACAGGAUAAACAUAGCAAUGGGGAUAAGGAGAACGUUUUUCUAUCCCGAAAUUCAUCAAAAUCGGUUGCUGUCACUGCGACGAAUGAUAAGAAAAAUGAAGAUAAAAAAUCUCGACAAUCAGUCAGUGCCGAUACUUUAUACUGUUGCGAGAGUUGUGGUUGUUACGGAAUGGCGGCUGAAUUUGAAAGUCCAAUAUCGUGUAGCCCAGCAUGCACUGAAAUGAUAGCAGUGAAAAAACAGCUGAGAAUAAAAAAGGAGAAGGAAGCGAAAGAAUUGCGAGCCAAACGAAAGCGUAAGAAAAUGCUCAUGCAAGAGCAAAACUUGAAGGAGGGUUUGGAAAAAGUCUCUGAGGUUGAGAUCGACGAGACAGAUAAGGAAAAAGAUAUUGAAAGGGAAAAGGAGAAAGAAAAAGAAAAAUCGAGGGCAAAGGAAAAGAUAUCGAAGGAGGAACGUAUGAAAUAUGAAAGUGACGAGGAGUCGAGAGACACUUCAACGACGAACGUGGAUGAAGAGAGUCAAAAUGAGAAAAUUGAGUCCAAGUAUCCCUGGCAAACCGGAAAGCAUGGAUUUUCAUGGUCCAAGUACUUGGAGCACUGCAAGGCGAAAGCAGCUCCAGUGAAACUCUUCAAAGAUCCAUUUCCAUACGGAAAGAAUUUGUUCAAAGUUGGAAUGAAACUCGAGGGCAUCGAUCCUGAACAUCCCUCACGUUACUGCAUCUUGACUGUAUUUGAAGUAGUUGGCUAUCGAAUACGUUUGCAUUUUGAUGGGUAUCCCGAGAACUUUGAUUUCUGGGUGAACGCAGAUUCCAUGGAUAUUUUUCCAGUUGGAUGGGCAGAGAAGAAUGGACAUAAAUUGGACCCACCCAAGGGUUACGUGCCAACAAAUUUCAGCUGGAAUGCAUACUUGAAGACGUGCAAAGCCACACCAGCACCGAAAACGGCAUUUUCCAGUAAAAGCGCUGUUUUUCCACCCACGAGUUUUCGUGUGGGAAUGAAAUUGGAGGCAGUGGACCGUAAGCACUCAUCACUAGUCUGUGUAGCGAGUAUUGCGGGUCUGAUGGACUCUCGAAUUCUUGUGCACUUCGACUCCUGGGAUGAGGUGUAUGACUACUGGGCAGACGCUAGUUCUCCCUACAUCCACCCAGUGGGUUGGUGCCAUCACAAUGGUCACAGCCUGACACCCCCGAACAACUACAAAGACGCCAAGACCUUCACCUGGGACGCAUACCUCAGAGAAACGAGAUCCGUAGCAGCGCCAGCCCGAGCCUUCAAGCAGAGGCCACCCUGUGGCUUCAAGCGAGGAAUGAAAUUCGAGGCAGUCGACAAGAGGGUGCCCCAAUUAAUUCGCGUUGCGACAAUCGAGGACGUCAAGGAUCACAUGAUAAAAAUUCGUUUCGAUGGGUGGCCUGAGGCUCAUGCCUACUGGGUCGACGACGAUUCCCCGGAUAUUCACCCCGUUGGGUGGUCCAAUAAAACUGGGCAUCCCCUCGAGGCCGCCCUCACCUCUGAAAUUAUCGCGGAGAAGACAGAGUGUGGAACCCCUGGGUGCCGUGGCAUUGGUCACAUCAAGGGUCCUAAAUUUGCCACUCAUAACUCAGCCUCUGGGUGCCCCUAUUCCUCCCAGAAUCUCCAUAAAAUCAGACUCAAUACGGACAGACUCAAUGUCAAACACGAAAUCUGUGACUAUGACGAGGACUCCCUCGACAGAUCCAAAGGGGACUUGUGGAGGGUCAGGGAUCGAUCUGAUAAAUACUCCCAUGAGCAGAAGCACAUCAAGAGCGAGAAGGAUGUCAAGCAGGAGUACGAUGAAUUUGAUGAGGUCGAGAGUAAAUCGAGCAAAAUGAAACAGCAACAUCAAAGUGAUGGCAACACUGAUGAGGAAGAUCAUACAUCCAGAAAACGAAGGAAAAGACGUCAUAUAUCUGAGGAACCUCUAUGCCCUCCAAGCUCUGGAUUCGGUGAAUCACUCACCACGUAUGCACCAAAUAUGCCUGAUAAACAACUACGUAACGAGCUGUAUCAAUCCGUUUACGAUCCCGGAUACAGUCCACUGCCGGAUGCACCACACAUUUGGGCUAAACACAGUAAUGUAUUGAAUCGUGUCGUUGCUAAACAGAAUACCAAUCCCAGACGAUGGUCCAACGAGGAAGUCAUCAAGUUUAUCCAGAGCGUGCCUAAUUGCAAGGAAGUUGGUAGCAUUUUUAGGAAGCAUAGUAUCGACGGUGAGGCAUUUUUAAUGUUGACUCAAGAAGAUUUGGUAUCACUUCUGGGUCUCCGUCUCGGGCCAGCCAUAAAAUUGUACAAUAGUAUUGUACUUCUGCGUCGACGCGCCACAUGAAACGUGCUCAACAUUUUAACACCCACCAACUGAUCAUGUUCAUUGUAAUUUUCACCAUUAUUCUCUUUCAUUCAACCCGAGGGAACUCGGCAAUUAAGCUCAUUAGCGACUGGUAGAUUCUCACUUUUUUUAUGGUUUUUCUCCUCACGAGAACCAAGUCCGGGAUAUUAUUAAUGAUUCAUUUCGACAUGUGGGAGCAGAAGGACGAAGAGUACUUUAAGAUUCACCUCUCAAAUAUUUAUCUAUUCUUAUCUUAAGGUACAUUGCACUGUACAAAAUGUAUAUAACUAGUUGUUAUAUCUGUAGAUAUUGGUAACACGUAAUAAAAAGGAUUUUGUUAAAAAUCUACUUGUCUCUUCCCUCAUCAAUUUCAUUCUCUCAUUAACAACAA